CUCUGAUCCGCGCGCUACCACUGGUUGAAGCUCGUAGAAACUAUGGGCUCCCCGAUUUUCCGUGGGUGCUUAUCCCGCGUCUCCUACCGAUCUUUCAGAACAUCACCUGUGAGGAGCAGAGCUCAACUGGCCUAUCAAGCUUGGCCGGCUGGAGGUGACUCUGCGCCAAUCGACGAAAGCCGCAGCCCUAUUAUAUUUAUGCAUGGACUAUUCGGCUCCAAACAGAAUAAUAGGAGUAUCAGUAAAGCUCUCGGGAGCCAUCUGAAAACUCGCAUCUAUGCGCUUGAUCUUCGAAACCAUGGCGACUCGCCGCAUUUCCAGGAGCACAAUUACACUGCGAUGGCGGAUGACGUCGAGGAAUUUGUUCAUGACCUGAAGCUCGAAAAGCCUACUCUAAUUGGCCACUCGAUGGGCGCGAAAACUGCGAUGACUGUUGCGCUGCGGUCUCCUGACCUCAUAUCUUCCUUCGUUGCAGUCGACAACGCUCCCGUUUCUGCGAGGCUAGGCAGCCCAUUCGCAAAUUAUGUAAAGGCCAUGCAGGAAAUUGAGAGUGCUAAUGUCACAAAGCAGAGUGAUGCGGAUCGUAUCCUCCAGCAAUAUGAAGAGUCCCUACCAAUCCGCCAAUUCCUCCUCACCAACCUUAUUCGAUCCAAAGAAAGCAAUGUUCUCAAGUUCCGUGUCCCUGUAAAACUGCUCGGCGAAUCUUUGGGUGAACUGGCAGGGUUCCCGUUUAGCCCUUCUAACACCGUCAAAUUUGAAGGCCCAUCGCUUUUUAUACGAGGAACCAGAAGCCGCUAUGUCCAAGAUAAAACCUUGCCAACGAUUGCGCAUUUCUUCCCCAAUUACCGACUAGUAGAUGUCGACGCCGGUCACUGGGUAAUAUCAGAGAAUCCGGAGGCGUUCAAAAACGCUGUUACUGAGUUCCUUCGGUAAUUUAAUCCGCCCUGUGGUGUGGGGUGCUUAUGCUUUGAUAGAUUACCUCCUGGAUUAGUAGUACUUCGUCACUUAAAGAUGGCCUAGAUUAUAUGCCAACAUAGAAUCACUUCAAUUCGCAAGAAUGCUAUUAUUAUAAAACAUUUUCAAGGGUUGGUCAAUUUGCAAGACGACGCGGGAGAAACAUGCUAUUAGUAAGUUGGUGAACUAUACAGCAGUCGCACGUCCAAGUACUGGCAGCUGCUUGUUUCCCACUUAUAAAGGCAAAGUUACAUGAAUCGAGCUGUUAACUCGGGGAGGGGGAAACAAGGAGCAAGGGAUUUGGAAAGCAUCUGAAGUUCAAAAAAGAUACUAUCAGUUCCGUGUGUUACCCAUUUGAGAAAAUCGAAAAUAUAAGCUAUCUAGACAUGUGUGGCUUUCAGAUUCUAUUCUUGUUCAAUGGGAUACACGGUUUGUUUUCAAAAAAGGGAAAGAGAGAAAAAAUAAAAACAGUAGUUUAACCAUAAUCCACGUUAAAAUAAAAAGCCAGCACAUGUAAAACUAGAAGCGAGGUGAUUUUAAUUCCCUUUCUCCAACGCCCCAUUCAUUUCAUUCCCUAGCCGC